AUGCACUCUUUCAUCAAGCUCGCUAUUACUGCUGCCCUGGCCGUCCAGGCACAGGCCAAGACCAUCCAGAUCAAGGUUGGCAGCGGCGGCCUCAGCUUCACGCCCAACAGCGUCACCGCAGCCAAGGGUGAUGUCUUGGAGUUUGAGUUCUACCCGAUGAACCACUCGGUUGCUAUGGGUAACUUUGACAAGCCCUGUGCCCCUGCCACCACGGGCGGCUUCUUCUCUGGCUAUGUCCCCGUUGCCAAGGGACAGACCGGUAACACCUUCAGCGUGACGGUCAACAGCACCGACCCCAUGGUCUUCUACUGCACCACCGGGAAGCACUGCCAGAGCGGCAUGUACGGAGUUGUCAACGGCGCCGGGACCAAGAGCUUGCAGACCUACGGCAGUGCCGCCAACAAGACCCAGAGCUCCAGCGCUCCCGCGUCCGUCUUCGGCGGCAGCCUCAAGGCCGGUGCGUCCGGCACCAACAAGCCCCCUGCGACCACCGCAACUGGCACUCCCAAGUCCGGCAGCGACCGUGUUAAGGCCGGGUUCGGAAGCCUCGCUGGUGCCUUGCACGGUAUAUCUUGCGGAUGUAAUGCGGGCAAGAAUGGUCGCGUGUCCGAGGCCAACCCCUCUCCUCCGGCCUCAUCCCCUCUUACGAUCGCGCCACAGUCUUUGCAGACACCCGAGGCGCCACGCGCUGAUACAGGCGAGGGGUCUGCAGACAACGAGAAGUGUGCCGCAGCAUCGCGCCUGGCCCUGCCGGCUGCCUUUGUCGCGGGCCAGCGGAGGCGCGCAUCGGUAGCCGCCAGCACGGUCGAGAAUGUAAAUCACGAAGAUAGAAGCCCCAUUCAAGAGUAUGAUCGCCGAGUCGCCGAGGGCAGAUUGCGCAAUGACGAACAUCAGCGAGGUUGGUCCGCCAUUGUCAAUUGGACGCUGAACGCGCUUCGCGCUGACACUAUUGUGACAGGCAUCAUCCAGAACCUCGAGAACCUCCACAACGAGCUACGGCACUACAAAGCCAGGCCGAUUGUCCACCCGAGCUUAGAAACCCUCAAGCCGAAGAAGUCGCUCUUCGGCUCCCUGUUCGGAGGGAAGGGCGGCGAUAAUAGCAAGCUGCAAGACAUUCCUAGCGACCUUCCCCGAGGGCUGUACCUGUACGGCGACGUGGGCAGCGGCAAGACCAUGUUGAUGGACCUCUUCUACGAUACCCUCCCCAGCAGCGUGCGCUCCAAGACGAGAAUACACUUCCACAACUUUAUGCAGGAUGUGCACCGACGGUUACACCGCAUGAAGAUGGAGUACGGCAACGACAUCGACGCCGUGCCGUUUGUUGCGGCUGAUAUCGCGGAGCACGGCAAUGUACUAUGUUUUGACGAGUUUCAAUGUACAGACGUGGCAGAUGCCAUGAUUCUGCGGAGACUGCUCGAGGCCCUCAUGUCGCACGGCGUCGUCCUCGUCACCACAUCCAACAGACACCCGGACGAGCUGUACAAGAACGGCAUCCAGCGCGAGUCCUUCAUCCCGGCCAUCCACCUCCUCAAGAAGCGCCUGCACGUCAUCAACCUCGACUCCCCGACCGACUACCGCAAGAUCCCGCGCCCGCCCUCGGGCGUCUACCACACCCCGCUCGACUCGCACGCCGCCUCCCACGCCGAGAAGUGGUUCCGCUUCCUCGGCGACCCGGAGAGCCCCGAGCCGCACUCCGAGACCCAGCGCGUCUGGGGCCGCGACAUCAUCGUGCCGCGCGUCUCGGGCCGCUGCGCCUGGUUCACCUUUGACGAGCUCAUCGGCCGGCCCACCUCGGCCGCCGACUACAUCGAGCUCAUGCGCUCCUACGACGCCUUCGUCGUCACCGACAUCCCCGGCAUGACGUACCGCCAGCGCGACCUGGCGCGCCGCUUCAUCACCUUCAUCGACGCCGUGUACGAGUCGCACGCCAAGCUCGUGCUGACGACGGCCGUGCCGCUGUCGGAGCUCUUCGUCUCGCGCGAGGAGCUGCGCGAGUCGCUGCGGCAAAAGGCGAAAGCCGAGGGCAAGGACCAGGAGGCCGCCGCGGCCGAGCUCGACCGGGGCUCGUCCGAGGACGUCGAGGAGGUCAUGAGCCACAUGAUGGAGGGGCUCGAGCACAACGCCGCGUCGCUCAAGAACACGAACCUGUUCACGGGCGAGGAGGAGGCCUUUGCGUUCGGCAGGGCGCUGUCGCGCCUCACCGAGAUGGGCAGCAAGGAGUGGGUCGAGCGCGGCAUGGGCCUGGAGGAGCGCGGCGGCAAGGCCGAGCACGACAACUGGACGAGGGUCAGGAGUAAGCGGGCCGAGGACAGUAUGUGA